AUGCAGCUGCUCAUCCCAGCCAUCCUCUGCCUGCUGGGCUCCUGUUGCUUUUGCAGCACAGAUGCACGCAAGUAUGAGUCCACUCUCAUGGUGCCCACUGGAGGACCCUGGGGCUCUUGGGGCCACCCACAAUUCUGCCCCAGCGGCUACGUCGAAGGAUUUGCACUGAAGGUGGAGGCCUACCAGGGAUUUUGGCUGUUUUAUGACGACACAGCUCUGAACGGCAUCCGCCUGAUCUGCAGUGACGGCACAGUCAUUGAGUCCUCUGUGGGACGUUGGGGAAGCUGGACCAAAGCUCAGUUCUGCUCCAGCGGCAAGCUGGUUUCCUUCUCACUGCGUGUGGAAGAGAGGCGGUACCUGCUUGAUGACACGAUGGCUAACAAUGUGAGGUUUGCCUGCUCAGAUGGGACAAACCUGGAGGGGCUGGGAAAUCUGGGAGGUCACUUUGGCCCAUGGAGCAGCAACUGCACCUCUGGGGCCAUCUGUGGGCUCCAGACAAAGGUGCAAGACCCUCAAGGAAUAUGGGAUGACACAAGUCUCAAUGACAUGAGAGUCUUCUGUUGUAAAUAG